CUCAGUUAUAGUUACCUUUGAAAUCUCAAACGCACUACACAUCUGUCUGAACAUGAAGUUCCUGAUCGUCUUCGCUGCUCUCUUCGCCCUGGCCGUGGCUGCUCCUGUUGAUGUUGUGGUCGAGCGUCAGGAAUCCGAUGUCCAGCCCGAAAGCUUCCAAAACUCACUGAAGUUGAGUGAUGGCACUGUAAUUGAAUCUCAAGGUCAUCUCCAGAAUGUUGGCACAGAGCAAGAAUCUCUUGUCGUCAAGGGCUCAUUCAGCUACGUUGCCGAUGAUGGUGUAACAUACACUGUUAGCUACAUUGCCGAUGAGAACGGUUACCAGCCACAGGGUGCUCAUAUCCCAAUUGCCUAAUAUGUGACAAAGUCAACUUCAAAUAAAUCGAUUGUUUCAUCAA